AUGGCAGACUGGGCCUCAUCGCUGGGUGUGCGCUUCAAGUCCUCGCGGUUUCCGUGGCUGUUGCUACUCUGGUGGACGCAGACAAUAUUGUGGCUUCGUCGCUGGCUGAAGAUCUGGGUGCAUCGGCCUCUCAUGCGGCUCGGUAUUGGCUCAGAAGACGAUGAAGAGGUCGAGCAUGAAGCAAACUUGACUCAAUCGGACGACCAGCAGCAAUCAGACGCUGCUCUUCCCUGCGGACUUGUCAAUAGUGGCAAUUUGUGCUUCGUGAGCGCCAUAUUACAAUGUCUCGCCGCAGUACCUGGCUUCUUGGACGGUGUGGACCGUGCCCUGCGUAUGCGGACACAACUUCACAUGGUACAGCAAGCAGACGACGUGCAAACGCAGAAGUUACUGGUGGCCGAGACGCUUGUGAGUCUUCUGAGAGGUAUCUCGCCCAUUCACGACAACCUGCAGAAGAUGAGAAGCUUCAGGUCGGCCGCCAGUCGUUGCACCUUCUUAUUGUCCAGUGCUGCCUCGAGACAGGAGCAGCAAGAUGCCGAAGAGUUCCUGACGUUCCUAUUGGAGCUAUUACACGGUCUACUACGUGCACCAGCGCAGCCUGUGCGGUCUAAUGAAGAAGAACGGCAGCAUUUUCUGCGAAUCGAGAAGCUGUUGCUAAAGAAACUUCGGAGCUACAACCCAAAUGACCCCAGAUCGUAUAUGCAGGCUGUGGCCAAUCUUGGGGAAGUGCGAUGGAAUUAUUCCUUACGAAAAAACUCGUCGGUUAUUACCGAUCUGUUUUCUGGCCAAACUGUGCGUGGCUCCCAAUGUUGCAGCUGUGCGACGCUCUCGUGUCUUCACGAAGAACAACGGGUUAUUUCACUUCCAAUCGCCGCUGGGAAAGGUGACCAAACGUUGGCGGAAUGUCUGGAGCAUUUUCGGCAUCCUGAGCAGCUCACGGGCGAGAAUCGCGUCUUCUGCGACGGCUUCUGUAAGACCAAGACUACGCGUCUCACACAAAUUCUGCUGCAACGUGUGUCUCCUGUGCUGGUGCUUCGGCUGCAACGACUUAAGCACACGUCAGUGAGAGGGCAUGCUGAAAAAGUGGACACUCCAGUGAGUUUUCCGUGUGGGAGGGACGAGCUGCUGGACAUCACGAUGAACGCCUUCUUCCGAGACGAUGAGAGGGGUGAUAAGUUUGAGUUGGUCGCUGUGUGUGCUCAUCUAGGGGGGUCACAUGACUCUGGCCACUACGUUGCUUACGUGAGGCAUCGCGACUCGAGGCGAGACGGUGAUAGUUGGCUUCGAAUUGAUGACGAAGUGGUCUCUGUGAUAGAGGAAUCCAAGCUUCGAAGCGAGACGAGGACCACUGCGUAUUUACUCUUCUACUCUCAAGUGUCGAGGUGA